CCCCCCCUGCCAUGAGCAGGGACACCGCAUACUGGAGCAGGUUGCUGAAAGCCCUGUUCAGCCUGGCAUAUGUGUUCAUAUAUGUAUGAACGUGGCUUGCAGGUAGUUACUUGCCCCUCGGUUUGCUGAGGCUGAAAUUUGCGUGCCAGAGAUUCGUUACUGUCAGUGCUUUGGUAAACCCACAACUUCAGACACUUACGUGUAAGUAUGAUGUCCACAUCUGGCAAUGGGUUUGGCUGUUGAAGAAUGACUGACUAUAUGUGUACACAUUUGGCUGUCUCUUGGGGGAAAAUACUGAAGCUGUGAGGACAACUAAUAGAACAGGGAGAGAAUGUGAUACUGGAAGAUACUUGCAAAUUAAAAUCAAACUGAAGUUUUAAACUGGCUACCAGUGUUUACUUAUGACAUUCCCUCAAUGCUGGGAAGAUGAUUAUUAAAUCGUUACUUUGCAGGUGGUGAACUUGAGGUUUUCUAUUCUGAAUGAUGCAUAUCUAUAGAAAUAUUUCUUGGGAGCAGAUGCCCGAUACUAAACUUUUUCUGAAUUUAGCUUUUGUGUUUCACAAGAUGUUUUUGAUGCAACAGUUACAAAAAGGUAGCGUGCACAGGGACAGUUAUUUAGUAUGGUGUUAGAGAAAAGAAAUAAAAGGCUCAGCCCUCUAUCUCCUGUUCACCUGUUACUCAGCUGCAGAUGGGUUAUGGUGGGAUUGUGUGCCUAAUUCGGUAGGUGCAAGUUGGACUUCUCACGGUACAAAAGUUGACAGUGAUUUUUCAGAGGAAGUCUUUUUUUUUUUUAUUAGCUUCCUGUUUAAUUGCACUGAAUGUGCAGAGAAAAGGUAUUUUGACUUUUCUAAACAGCACUACAAAGUUUUGAUGCAGUCCCAAAAAAUCCAACAUAAUUUAUCUCCUUGUUGUUUACCACAUGUGUAACCCCUCCUGCCAAAAUCAUAUUGUGCUCUCUGUUGUCCUAACACCGUAGCAGACUUUCUGGAAAUGAAUAGGGAACACCCUCCCCCCAGGAUUCCUUCAGCUCUGUCUCCCCAGUCUUGUAUGUACAUUACACCUUUGCCUUAACCUGUGCUCAUACAUAGUCUGUAGCUGAUUCAGGAGAAGAUUGCAGAUUGACUUGUGCUUUGUUGGAAGGGUUGCAGAAUACAUGGACCUCCAGUGUAACAGGUUUUGUUUGAAGUAUUCUCUGACUGGAGCAUCCUGGUACACAGUGGAUUUAAGAGAAAGGAGAAUUUUACCUGUCAUAUCCUAUGUUGGGCGCAUGUCCCAUAUGGACAGAUGAGAAGAUCAGAAUUGCUGUGUGUUACGAGCUUUCUACAAACCCUGUUGAGGCGGUGAUUAGUGACUUGUAAUUUUGCCUGUGCCUGUGUCUCUUCUGAAAUCAUGAAUCCUUGACAUUACCAGAAAUCUCUCUGCACAUGAGACAUUGCAGGGAAAGACUUCUUGGAAAAUAUGUUAUAAAUAUGAGCAUAUCUUUUCAAGUGUAGCAAAAUGUGCCUUACCAAACAAAUGCCAUCUUUCCUGUUUCUUUAGGUAAAAAAUUGCUGAAGGAAUAUAAAUUUCCCUUUCUAAAACUGAGAAACAAGCAUUGCUAUAAACACACAAGAGCUUUGUGUCUCUAAAAUGUAAAAUGGAGACAUUUUAGUAUGUUAUAAAUGGAACAGUUUUGAACUUUUGCUCUAAAUCUGUAAAUAUUAUCUUAAUCUGAAAGUUUACUGCAUUCAGGGUUAUUCAUUCCACUUUUACCUCCCUUCAGAUACUUUGCAUAUAGUUUCAUUUAUUAGCUUCCUUGUUUCAUUUUUAUUACCAUCACUGCAAUAGAUUUUGUUAUUCUGGUGUAUAAUCUGUCCUCUGGACUGCGCUGUAUUCUGUCAAAUAAGAGUGAAAGCACUGGUGAUUGCAUUUAACAGGGCCAAGUUUUGUUUGUCCAUCUGUUACCAUUCUUUGCACUUUACUGACAUCCCUUGGAGACCUCUGAUUAGAAGCAAACUCUCUUUUUUGUGGUGGCUGCGUUUUGUUUGGGAUUGUUGUUCUUUUUUAGCCCUUCUUUCUUUUGAUCAAGGAAGAAAAGAGAACCCCAGUCUAAAUGACUUUACACCACAAAGCUGGUUCCUUUUUGGAAAUGGUAAAAUGCCCAGGCUAAGUAGCUUGCAAGAUCUACUGCACUAUUUCUUUCAAUUAAAAUAAUGUAUGUUUUCAGGUAUAUGCGUUUAGGAAAGGGGGAAAGCACCUAAAGCAAAUGGUAGUGCGAUGCAGUGCAUUUUCUAACAGCAGGUAUUUUAUGUGUAUUUCAGUGUCAGUGAUGGAAAACCCCAGCCCCAGUGCUGUGCACCUGAGUGACUGGCAGAAAAGUUACUUCGCGAUUACCUCUGGCACCUGCACGCCCGGGCAGAAGGCAGAUGAAUACCGUGCCAAAAUCCUGCGUAUUCAGUAUGCAUGGGCAAACUCCGAGAUCUCUCAGGUCUGUGCUGCCAACCUGUUUAAAAAGUAUGCAGAGAAGUACUCUGCGAUUAUUGACUCUGACAACAUAGAGACUGGCUUGAAUAACUAUGCCGAAAACAUCCUGACUUUGGCAAAGUGUCAGCAGAAUGACAGUGACAAGUGGCAAUCUGCCCUGACAACAGACAAUGUAUUUAAAUUAAAGCGUGUGCAAGAGAGGAUGCAGGCUGGCAAAAGUUUCCAGAGCUCUCAGAUGGCACCAGCAGAUGCCUCUGUUCUAGCUGAGAAAGGGGUCAGUGCCUCUGCUGUUCCAGCCUUUCCUAAACUCAGUGUUUUCAGCAGUGCCAGAGAGACUGAGCUCUGUGCUGGCUCAGCAAAAUGUAUGAGUCAGGGACCAGAUCUCCUUGAGCAUCCUUCAUCUUCAAAGUCUGUUCAAAGCAGUGUGCUUCCUGUGGCCAAAACAUCAGAUACACUUCCUGCCUCUUCAGCAUCCUCAAAUGAGCAGGUUAAUGCAGGUUUCCAGGCAACUCCACUAUUUGGAAACAAAGAAGUGACAAGUAGUAGUUCUCUGAAAACAUCAGGUAAUUGUCAUGAUGGACAGAAUUUGCUUCUUUCUAAUCAGUCAGCUGUACCUGCAUGGUCCACGAGUUCUGGGAAAAGAAAAGCAUUUUAUGGUCUGGCUGAUGAAGACAGCACAGCAAUUCCUAACCUUGCUCCAUGCCAGGCUUACAGUAGUACAGAAACCAGUAGUUUCUCAGGGUAUAGAAACAGAAGUGAAGAGGGCAGUGUUCCUGGUUUUAGAACUGCAAAAGAACAGCUGUGGAUGGAUCAGCAAAAGAAACCUCAAAGCCUACCACAGCGUGCACCAGUCUCAUCCUACGGAGGCAUAAAAAAGUCGCUGGGAGCAGGCAGAUCUCGGGGUGCCUUUGGCAAGUUUGUUCCUCCAGUUCCAAAACAAGAUGGAAAUGAAAAUGGAGGAGCACAGUGUAAACCUCAUGCAAAAGGGUCAACAGAUCCAUCACUGCCUGUAGAUGAGCGACUGAAGAACAUAGAGCCAAAAAUGGUUGAACUCAUAAUGCAUGAGAUCGUGGACCAUGGGCCUCCGGUCAACUGGGAUGACAUUGCUGGGGUUGAAUUUGCUAAAGCUACUAUAAAAGAAAUAGUAGUCUGGCCUAUGCUGAGGCCAGACAUCUUCACUGGGCUACGUGGUCCUCCUAAAGGAAUUCUUCUCUUCGGCCCUCCGGGGACUGGCAAGACUCUCAUAGGCAAGUGCAUCGCAUGCCAGUCUGGAGCAACCUUUUUUAGCAUCAGUGCCUCUUCUCUGACUUCCAAAUGGGUAGGUGAAGGGGAGAAGAUGGUCCGUGCUCUGUUCACCGUGGCACGAUGUCAACAGCCGGCAGUGAUCUUCAUUGAUGAGAUUGAUUCCCUGCUGUCCCAGCGUGGAGAUGGGGAGCACGAGUCGUCGAGAAGAAUAAAAACUGAAUUUCUGGUCCAGUUAGACGGGGCGACAACCUCCUCAGAUGAUCGUAUUCUGGUGGUCGGAGCAACCAACCGACCCCAAGAAAUUGAUGAAGCUGCCCGAAGGAGGUUGGUGAAGAGACUGUACAUUCCUCUUCCAGAAGCCUCAGCGAGGAAGCAGAUUGUUACCCGUCUAAUGUCGAAGGAGCACUGCUCCCUAAAUGAAGAGGAAAUCGAACUCAUAGUUAAGAAAUCAGAUGGGUUUUCUGGGGCAGACAUGACACAGCUCUGCCGAGAAGCGUCUCUGGGCCCUAUCCGCAGUCUUCAGUCCCUGGACAUUGCAACCAUCAUGCCAGAUCAAGUACGGCCGAUUGCUUUCGUGGACUUUGAGAGUGCCUUCAGAACUGUGCGGCCCAGCGUCUCCCCGAAGGACCUGGAGCUGUAUGAAACCUGGAACCAGACAUUCGGCUGCAGCAGAUACCUGGGCCCUGGCCUGAGGUUUCACCAGCUGAAACGACCAUGAGAAACUGCUGGUCAUGGUAUGAGGAACUCUAAACACAAGUAACAGAGUGAGAAGCUGACAAAAGUUACAGAUAGCUGCUGUGAAAGGUGGGCAGAUUUCAAUGGUAUGUAAGGAGAAGGUGGUCAAACCCCACAGAGAAUUGGAGGGAGUACUUGGGGGGAAUCUGGCAAGGCUGCUGUGCUGUAUAAGUAACACUGUGCAAGGCUGAGGGAUCACAGCUAAUGUUACCAGAAAUAGCAGUUUGGGGUAGGAAUGCAGCAAAACUGGGACCAGUGGGGAAAAGUAGUUCAGGGUGCAUUGUUUGGGAGGAGAUUGGAGCAGAGGGAGGAAAGGGUUGAGGUGGGCAUGGGAAGAACACGCAUGGAAAAUAAAAAGGGGGGGUAAAAGGGGUUGGGCCCCAUGUAAGCAGUGCUCUUGUCUGACUGAGCCCUGUGCCAUAUCGCUGCUGUCUGCCUCAGCUUCUUAUUAAAUACUUUUUCUGAUGAUU